AUGGGAGCCACAGCAGACUUCUCAUUACAACCUGUCCUUGGCCCGAGAAGCUCCUCCUCAGAACUCGAAUUCUCAGGGGAGGAGAUGAAUGAGAAGCAAUGGAUUAUUUCGACUGAGAAUAUGCAUGAAAGGUCCACCAUAGUUGAGGCUCAUGCUAAGUGCAAGAACAUCGUGUCAUGGGUGAAGGAGGACUCUUCAACAGUGGUGGUCCCUGCCCUUGAUCUCAUCAUGUACAGGCAUUUGCCCUGGUCACCAUCAUCAUCUUCAUCAACUUCCUCCUCCUGGUCUUCAGUCGUAAUCAAUGAAGCAGAUCUGGAAGCGGCCUCCGUAUGCCGCAGCGUCAGAUUCAACCUUGGGCCAAGUCAUGGGCCAAGCGAGGUCACCAGCCCUAGAACUGGUGCCAGGACACGGAACCCAACUCCCUUCCCCUCCCUCCUUUCGUCAGAGGAGUCUUUGGGAAAUGAGGAAGAAGAUGACAACCCAAGAAGAUAUUCCUCAGCAUCUGAGAACGGAGAUAGAGAGGAUUGGGACAGACCCCACUCAGACCCCCUGAGGUCUGUGUUCGGACUGUCUCACAACUUUAUCUUCAGUCAGGUUCACAGAGACGCCCGCAGGUCCCUGAGUGAGGUCAUACUGCCAUCCAUCCAGAGGAGACCAAAGAAGAUGAGGCCUAUUAUUCUGUCUGCGGACACCAGGCUGAUCAUGGCCAUUGUGGAGAUCAUCUUCAAGCAGAUCAACGCCAGACUAGCCCAGCUCAUGCUGAUAGGAGGGGCCAGUCAGGGAGCCGAAGCUCCUUCCACCAGCAUCAGCUCACCAAGCAGUCAGUUUGCUGAGCAGUUGCUGCGGACAAUCACAACCACAAUGAAUGGCCAUACUAUGGGACAGAUGGCGCUCACUUGGCUGUCUGGAAAGUCCGCUAAGGAGAUUGAGAGAGAGCUAGGACGACUGGCAGGUCAGGUCAUUGUUGCAACCAUCAGCAGCAUCCAGAGGGUGAAGAGCGACGCUCAGACAGGACAUGAGGUGCGGGUGUCCUACUUCCUGUCAGCGGUGUCGGCCGAGGUGCAGAGUCUGGUGGUCCAGAGAACGGAGACCAGGAUGUCAGGAAGCGACCACCUGCUGAACCUGUCUCGGGCAAAGAUCAACAGGGCCGUCGAGCUGAAAAUGGCUGAAAUGUACGGUAGAUCCCUGUGGGAUUGGUCCCUGACAGAACAGAAUAUCCAGCUAGGUCAUGACAGAAUCACUGCCAUGUCCAAUGAUUUGGUGGAUUUGGUGGUCGAUGAUACCCUGGAUGCCCUUGGUUAUCUAGAGAACCAGGCAUUUUCCAGGUCCCAGAGCGCUGGCUCCCGGACAGGGAUUGAAGGCCUCGACAUUGAUGGUGUGGCAAGGGACAUGGUCCGGAAAGCUGCAGCCAAACUCAAGGCAUCCAUGUCUGAGUUUGAGCUGGAGGGGGGAUCCAGAUACUCACAGGGCAGCAGUGGUCCCUCGAACCACUCACCUCUGUCUCGCUCCCACUCCGACCUGAGGAUGCUCUGUGUCCGGUCAGCAGUGUCAGUCAGAACUGCCCUGCAAGUGAUAAACACAGAGCUUGACAGCAACUCAGACGAGUCCUUUGUUCCAUGCCAGAUGUCUAGAAACCUUCUAGCACGUCUAGUGUUGAGUGUCGAGAGCAUCAGCGAUCUGGAAAUUGGUGAGAUGCUCCAGGGCCCCUCAGCAAUCAUGGAGCCGGAGGCUGUGAGAGAACACCCAGACAUAUCCUCCACUGCCAUCUACCACUCCCUGCUCAUUGAUUGUCCAUUCCCACCAUCAGAGAGGAUUCAGGAAACAAUUAUUCUAAGCCGUCCACUCACUGCACAGGAUGUGACCACACAGGGGGAAAAAGCAGCAUCCUGCUGA